GUUUAAGGUUUAAGUGUUGUGUAUCUUGUUUUAUUUCCUUUAAACGUUUUCAAUACUAAUUAUAGUAUUGAAGAACAGAUGAGAAUCUUUAAUUAAUUGGUAACUGAUGCAAUUUUCUGUCACACAAUUUGUCACAGUUAUAUAAUAAUAAUAAUAAUAAUAAUAAUAAAAAUAAUAAUAACCAAAAGCUUAUUUUUAAUUGUCAUUGUCAACAAAACUGAGAACAAUCUUAUUUUAUUUUUGUUUUGGGAUUGCAUAUAAGGAAUAACAUUUGGGAGUGUGUGUGUGUGUGUGUGAUGUUACAGGAAAAUAUUCAGCAAUAGGUGAUUUGAUGAAGAGCACUUACUAUUGUCACCUCAGUCCCAUCAUAUUAAUGAAUAGCGUGUUGUGCUUUUUAACCGUUUAUAGUUAUUUAUACAUUUAAUGUUGUGGAAAAUCCACAACUCAGAUUUGUUCCUGAUUGUUCCAUCACUAGCCUCACUUUUUUUUUUUCUUUUAGAAUUAGAAAAAAAAAUGACAGUUUAUGAUGUUACUGAGAAAACAGAAAUGUACUAGCUAUUAUAGAGUGCUGACACUGGAGACUCCUUCUAUAAAUGUUAUAAAAUCAGAAAACUUCACCAUAUCAAUGAUUAUACACUAUAUGGACACAAGUUUGUGGACACCUGACAAUCACACCCAUUUUUGAACAACUUAUUCAGAUCAAGUCCCCCUUAGCAGUUUGCUGUCCCUAAUUAUGUAUAAUUUUGGGCCAUAUUACAUUUUAUGUAUGUCAUAAUGACUCUGGUUGAAAUUUAAACAAAUUGACCCUGAAUAUCAGGCAAAUAUGUCUUUUUCACAUCUUUUAAAUGUCUCCGGGUUCUCAGGUUAAAUCCUAAACUCAGGUGACUGUUUGUGUGGAAUUGUUGUACAUGUUCUCCCCGGGCCCAUGUGGGUUUCCUCCAGGUUUUCCAGUUUCCUCCCAAAAACAUGCUCCCAAAAUCUGGCUACACCAGGGGUUCCCAAACUUUUCCAGGGCAAGGCCCCCCAAAUGGCAUUAACAUUUGACCGAGGCCCCCCUUUUUCAAGAUGUCUUUAAAUCACAUUAAAAAUACAGAAUUCUGAAUAUAUACCCCUUUUUUAUGAAUAAUUACAUCUUACAUCUUUACAUUACAUUACAUUAGGAAUUGAUUAUGUGUGUGUGUGUGUGUGUGUGUGUGUGUGUGUGUGUGUGUGUGUGGUUGUCUGAGAGUGAGAAAGAGACAACAUACUAGUGGGAGGGAUGGGCACACCAAAUUGUUGAGGCCCCCACUUUGAAAACCACUGGGCUACACUAAGCAUGGAAUGAAAUUCCUACAAAGUUUCUUUAGGGUGAAUUGAGAAUGAGUCUUUUGGACCCUUUCCCUAGUGGCUACGGUUCUGCCAAUUUCACGAUGCGAGUAGAAAAGCAAAUCUUGGAAGGUAACCAGGGAAAACAGAGGGACCUCCAACCUCUAUUCGGAAACUUCCCAGAUGGACAAAGCUCCAUUUCCAGAGAAUCUGAUGAUGAAGGAUGUUACUACCUACCCAGGAGUAGUCCUGUCAUAUCCCGCCGUCAAGCAAAGAAAAUGAAGAAGCCUUCAGCGGCUUCAAAUAAUAGAGAGAGAGUUUUCCAUGAACACUCAGAUGAAAACUUUCGAAAGGGGGAGGAAUUUUCUUUUGUUGGAUUUUCCUCUGUUUCAAAAAUGCUCCAGAACAAUUUUCCAGAAGAACAAACAGUUCCUACCUCUUCAUCUCAGAGGAUUUCUCAAGUUUUGCUUUUGGAUACACACUGUGCUCCAGCAGCUGUCAAGGAUGAACAAUGUUCUGAUAAGCAAAGAAACCUCUCAUGUGGAUCUUCUGAGUCCCAAUCUUCUUCAUGCGAGAAAAGUGAUCUUUUAAACAUUGGUGCCUCAAAACUGGGAAAAGGAUCCGUAAUCUGCUUGAACAAAUGUCUGAUCUCAGGUGCUGAACACGAAGAGCAAAUUUCUGAAGCAUUCUACAGGAACAGUGUGUACCUUGACCAGGAGAAUGCUCACUUUGUAGUGGUGGAUAUGGUGCUGGAGGUUCUUGAGGCAGCAAAGUGGGCUGUGUCACAAAAACACUCAGACUCCUUUUCCUCAACUGACAGUGGCUAUGAAGUGGACUGGUCUGCAGAGUGGGAGCAGAUCUACAAGCCGUAUAGAUUUGAAUGUCAUCAGCAUAAGAAUGAACUCUAUGACCAUAGACUCUCAAACAGAAGUUCCCAGACUUUAGUCCACAGAUGUUCAGCAGAAAUUCUCGCUCAGAACCUGCUCACGGAACUCGAGAGGUGGUGCAUUUCCUCAGAAGAGCUGCUAGGGGAAUUUCCCUUGGUUACUGUCUCCCUGGCGUCAGGAGGCGAAGCCAGCUUGAGUGAUGAGAUCCGUCAGAAAAGCCGAAUGAGGGGGCCGCUGAUGUGGACUCCACCCCAAUUUCAGAUAAUAUCCAGUGUGAAACCAUCACAGAGGCGCAGUGAUGUCAUUGCCUCUCAGAAAUUCCUUUGUGCUGGCUGUGGGACAGAAAUCGAGCCACGUUACAUGAAGAGGUUGCGAUACUGUGACUACCUGGGCAAAUAUUUUUGUGAUGGCUGCCAUGGUGGAGGUGAAGCCAUAAUCCCAGCACGUGUUUUGAGCCACUGGGAUUUUGGACGAUACACAGUGUGCCAGUUUUCCAAGCAGCUAUUGGAGUCCAUUUGGGAAAAGCCACUAUUUAAGAUCACUAAUGUAGCCAAGAACCUGUACUCCCAGGCCAAGGAGGUGCAGAAAUUCAGGGAGAUCCAGGAGCAGCUGAUCUCCAUUAAGAAGCUGCUAAGAGCAUGCAGACUAUCUGAAGGGGUCCUGGCCGAGUUCCAGCAGAUUCCAUCGCACCUGAGCGAGGAACUCCACCUUUUCGCCAUGGAUGACCUCGUCAAGAUCAAAAGGGGUCAACUUCUUACCACAGCAAAGGCUGUGAUGCAAUCUGCGACAAACCAUGUGGAGGCUUGUGAGCUGUGCCAGGCCAAAGGCUUUAUCUGUGAGUUCUGCCGUGGAAAAGAUGUGCUCUUCCCCUUCCAAACAGACAUCUGCACACGCUGCCAAGCAUGUAGAGCUUGUUUCCACACUUCGUGUUUCCGAGAUGGAGCCUGUCCUAAGUGCACCCGAAUCCAAAUGAGAAGAGCUGCUCGGAGAUGAAAUUAGGAAAUAAAAAUAAAAAGUCAUGAAAUGCUACUCAUUUACUUCCAAAUGUAUAGCUUUUGGAAGUAUAUAGCAUUAUUAAGUAUAGCAUUCUUGAAAUUUAUACUUUUGACCAGUAUUAGAUGCUAUUGUUUUCUUGUAAUACCAUGGGGAAGCCUUGAAAUUUCAUGAAACUAUUUUAUAGUCUUUUCUAUCUGCACAUGACUGAAUACUGUGUAUUCAUAGAAAAAAUGCCAUGCAUUAAAAAAAAACAGAUUUUUUUUUUUUUUUUUUUUAAAAAGGUUGCAUUUAAAAGCUGUUCUGUUAACUCAUGGUGGCCUAAAACACUUCAUGUUGGUUUUAGUUGGUCACUCUUCUUUGUGUCUGUAAUGUAUAUAUGUGUAUGUCCGUAAUGGUUAUGUCUAUGUGUGAUGUAUGUGUAGAUGAAUACAGGUCAGGAAGGCUCUCUAUUGAUGAUAUACAAUAUACUGUAUAUAACAACACCUUAAGCUCUUUACAUCUUCUCCAGACAGUGUUAGUUAAUAUUGAAAUGUUCAAAACCCCAGUGCAAUUGUCAACUGGCUCAUCUGUUUCUUUUUAUUAGGAAAAAUAAAAAAGUCAGCUCUUUUGGCAUAUUUUGCAGAUAUCUUAUGCAAAAUUAGUACAGAAAUGCAGUAACACAAUGAUAUCCUAUUGGGACUUUAAAUCUGUUGAUGACACUUUACUCUCUGCUUCUAUUGCUUCCUCUACAAUUUCUGAGGUUUUCGAUAUCUCCUGUCCUUGAUACUCUAAAAAUACUACUUUGUUAUUUCUGAUAUUUUGCAUAAGCACGCUCCUAUUAAGACUAGGCCUGUCACCUCCUCCCACACUUCCCCCUGGUAUACACCUUAAUAGUCAUUAUAGGUAGAUGGCUCGAGCAGCUUUAUAGGAAAACUGGCCUUACUGUUUACCAUCUAGCUCUCAUUGAUCACCUCAACACAUAAAAAACUGCUCUGAACUGUGCACGGUCAUCUACAAUAAUCAAUAAAGCAAGCAAUAGGCCUAAGGUUUUGUUUGGCACAAUAAAUAAGCUCACCCAACCUCCAGCUCAUGAUGUUCAUGUAUCUUAAGGGCUCUGUUGCUCUUUCCUAAAUUAUUAGCAGGAAAAUUUAAUGCUGUCUGCCAGUGCUUUAUAGGCAAUGCCUCAGAUUUUAGUUUUCUGCCUGACCACUCGUCAACAAUUGUCUAGCUUUACUCCUAGGAACCCCUCUUCUGUCAGUGACCUAAUACUGAAAUCCAGUUCUUGGUCUUGCCACAUUGAUCCUGCUCCUAAAUUUCUCCUCAAAUGCUAUCAUUCUGUCCUUUCUGCAACUAUUUCUCACUUCAUAAACAGAUCUUUUGCUUCUGCUUCUCUCCCUCAACCACUGCGGCAGUGACUCCAGUUCUUAAAAAAUUAUCUUGGACCCUACUGUUCUUUCUAAUUUUCAUCCUAACUCUAAUUUACCAUUCAGUUACAAAAUACUGGAAAGUACUGUUGCCUCCCAGCUCCAAUCUGUCCUUGCUCAAAAUAAUCCCUCUGACCUCUUUCAAGCUUUCUUUCAUCCUCACCAUAGUACUGAAAUUGCCCUCUUAAGGGUUGUCAAUGACCUAUUACUUUCUAGCGAUUCCGGUUUGCUUUCUAUUUUUCUAUUACUUGAUCUUAGUUCUGCUUUUGAUACUAUCUGUCAUAAUGCUAGACUUCUUACACAUACCAAGCUACCGGCUGGCUACCGGUUUUGUUUCGCAUUAAAUAUAUAAUAAUCUUGCUUACAUUUAAAUGACUUCACGGUUUGGCGCCUUGCUAUCUUAGUGAACUGCUUCUCCUCUACAACCCAACCCGUUCUCUCAGAUCCUCUGAGCGUGGACUCCUCUCUGUCCCUAGGUCUUGUCUCUCUACUAUGAGUGGCAGGUCUUUCAGUGUUGUAGCACCCAAGAUCUGGAAUUCACUCCCUCUGACUCUUUGCUGCAUCAUGUCCAUCUCCGAGUUCAAAUCUCAAAUUAAAACGUAUUGGUUUCUCAGUGUUAUUUGUCCUAAUGCAUUCUGCUCUUAGUGAAUGUACCAUCUCUACUGUGUUUUUUAUUUUUUUGUGUUCGAUUGUUCAUUGUUUUUCAUAUUCUGUGAUGUCCAUGAUUGUUCAUAUGUAUUAUUAUAUUGCUAUUGUAAAGCAUCCUGGAGCUCUGGAAAGGCGCUAUAUAAAUUAAACAUAUUAUUAUUAGUA